GAAUGGCGUAAUGAGUUUGAACGUAAUGUCUGCAACAAGCAUCACUGAACAUAAAGAGCAAGCGCUGACCGAAGGCCACGGUCUCGACAAUAGUCGCACAAUGCUGGACCUGAACACAACAAACAAGCAAUCAACUGUAUGCGUGGAGUUUAACAUUUCUCUCCAGCGCCCAGGAUUCAGACAUCACAGAAAAGAGAAUUAUGCGUGUCAUCCUCCUGAGUCCCAGCAAAGCACAGACAGUGGAGAUGAGUUCAUUCAGCUCAGGAAACUGAAUGGCUCACCCAGUGAGUGUCCCAGUCACCAGAAUCUCCAUAAGGAGCUUCUGCUCGGCCACAAGAGAGGCCUGUUGUUGGAGGAGAAACCAGAAUUGCAGCGUGUGUUACAGCAAAGGAGGCUUGACCUACACCGAGAGCAGGAACUUGCCCUCCGACCUCCUUCUGACCUGGAACAAGAGCUCCGUAAGAGACAGCAGAAACUGCAGGAGUAUGAGAUGGAGGAACAGAGCCGUAUAGAGGAUGAGAAAAACGUUCCAGAAUUUGUACGAGUGAAAGAGAAUCUGCGUUGCAUACAGUUAACAGAAUAAAAUAACUGAAGGGUCUAUGCAUAAGAAAUGUGCCUUGAAAUUUUUACUGUUUUCAUAUAAUAAAAGAGGAUGUUGAAAUUAAGUGUCAUACAGCUGAAAUCAAUGUACUUUAGUAACAAAGCACUGCAUUUAAAUGUACUGUAAAUUUGAGUAAAAUUAAAGCUAUUUAUGUCUUGUAUAA